AUGCCUCCAAAAAGGAAAAACAGCACUAUAAUUAGGAUUGAAGAUGUUGGUAUGGACGUGGAUGCAGAGUCUGACAGUGGAAGUGAAGAUGAAGCCAGAAGAAGAAGUAGAAAUAGGAGAACUAAACCAAAACCUAAAGCCAAGCAGGUCAGUGAUGAUGAGGAGGAUACAGAGGAAGAGGACAAAGCACCAAGGAAACCAGAACGAAAGAAGAGGACCAAAGCCAGAGACAGUGAAGCCUCCAGGAAAAAAGCUGCUAAAGAGGAGAGCGAUGAUGAUGGUGAGGAAGACAGGGAAACAAAGAAAAAAACAGGGAGAGCAGUUUCGGAAAAGGAGAAAGAAGAGCAGAAUCAGGACAAGAAGGGAAAUGUUACAAAGAAAGAAGGGAAAAAGAAGGAGAAGAAGAAGAAUAUUGGGAAGCAGAGCAGCUCUUCUUCCUCUUCCUCUGAGUCUGAGGAAGAUUCGCUGUCUGAAGGAGAGCUUGCAGCCUUAAAGGAACAGGUAGAGGAGAAGAAGAAACUAAUCACCACAUUGAGGAACAAACCCUGGCGCAUGAAGAAGAGACUUAUUUUGUUCAAGGAGGCCCGGGAGUUUAUUGAGAAGUUUGAAGGGGCCCUUGGGAAAGGAAAAGGCAGGAAGCUGUAUGCAUUCAAAGUCAUGAUGACUAAGAAACUUAUCAAGUUUAAUCGAGACUUUGAGAACUUCAAAACAGCCUGUAUACCCUGGGAGAGGAAGAUUAAGGAAGUAGAAAGUCACUUUGGAUCAUCUGUGGCAUCUUACUUCCUUUUUCUGAGGUGGAUGUAUGGUCUAAAUCUGGUCCUGUUCGGGUUCAUGUUUGGCUUGGUGGUGCUUCCUGAGGUUCUUUUGGGGCUUCCCUAUGGCUCUGUUCCGAGGAAGACGGUGCCCAGAGAUGAACAGGACACGGCCAUGGACUUCUCGGUGCUCUUUGACUUUGGUGGUUACUGCAAGUAUUCCUUUUUGUUCUACGGCUACUACAAUGACGAGCGAACAGUCGGGUUUCUGCAGUUCAGACUCCCACUGUCCUACUUGCUAACGGGGGUUGGAAUAUUUGGAUACAGCUUGAUGGUUGUCAUUAGAACGAUGGCCCGUAACUCAAAUGAAGGAGGAGAUGGUGGAGCAGAAGGGGAAUUCACCUUCAGCUGGAAGAUGUUCACCAGCUGGGACUACUUGAUUGGAAACCCUGAGACUGCAGACAAUAAGUACGCCUCCAUUACAACCAGCUUUAAGGAAUCUAUCGUGGAUGAACAGGAGAAUCAGAAAGAUGAGAAUAUCCACCUCCAACGUUUCCUCAGGGUGCUUGCAAACUUCCUGAUCCUCUGCUGCCUUGGUGGCAGUGGCUAUCUCAUCUACUAUGUGGUGAAACGGUCUCAGGAAUUUGCUAAUAUGGAUCCAAAAGCUCUCUCGUGGUUUGAAAAGAACGAGGUGGAGUUUGUGAUGUCUCUGCUUGGACUGGUGUGUCCUUCUCUAUUUGAAAUGAUUGCAGAGUUGGAAGAUUAUCAUCCUCGUAUUGCACUUAAGUGGCAGCUGGGACGAAUCUUUGCUCUCUUCCUGGGAAAUCUUUACACCUUCCUCUUUGCCCUCUUUGAUGAUGUUACAGCCAAGUUAGAGAUGGAGAAGACAAUUAAGAAUGCCACUGAAUGGGCUUGGAAGGAGUACUAUGCCAACUACAGCUCCUACUAUAACACGACAGAUGUGCCUCCUAUGAACAUACACCCAGCUGAUGCCAUCAGAGGGCCCUGCUGGGAAACUACAGUUGGAAUAGAAUUUGUGAAGCUAAUUGUGUCAGAUGUGCAGGUGACAUAUUUGACUAUUCUGAUUGGUGACUUUGUACGAGCUCUCAUUGUCCGUUUCCUUAACUACUGCUGGUGCUGGGACCUGGAGGCUGGAUUUCCAUCAUAUGGAGAAUUUGACAUCAGUGGAAAUGUGCUGGGGCUUGUCUUCAACCAAGGAAUGAUUUGGAUGGGAGCAUUUUAUGCACCAGGUCUGGUAGGUCUGAAUGUGCUGCGUCUCCUGACUUCUAUGUAUUACCAGUCCUGGGCUGUGAUGGCCUGUAAUGUUCCUCAUGAACGAGUCUUCAAGGCCUCACGGUCCAACAACUUCUACAUGGGCAUGCUGCUACUUGUGCUAUUCCUAAGUCUGCUUCCUGUGGUCUACACCAUAAUGACCCUGCCCCCAUCCUUCGACUGUGGUCCAUUCAGUGGACAGGAGCAGAUGUAUGAUGUGGUUGUAGAGACGAUAGACCAGGAUCUACCUGCCUUCAUAGGAAACAUUUUUACAUAUGCCAGCAAUCCCGGACUCAUCAUGCCUGCCAUCCUCCUUAUGGUGUUGGCCAUCUACUACCUGAACACAGUGUCAAAGGGAUAUCAGCAAGCAAACACUGAUCUGAAAAGAAAGAUGCAAGUGGCUCGAGAAGAGGAGAAGAACCGCAGGAACAACAAAGAGAGCCAUAAUCAAGUGAUGAAAGACCUGGAGGAUCUGCUGCCAGACAAGUCUCUUGAUUCAACUACUGCUGAGGAGGAGCCAGUCACUGAUAUCAUGGAAAAGAACGGCAAGCCAACUAAAAUGAAGCCAGGUACAGCAGGGAAAAGUGUUGCUCUGCAAAAGGAGGUUUCACUGGCAACAGCAAACCCCAGAAGGCCAGUGACUCAUGCCCCUAAACCGAGAGGUGGGCCUCCAGGACACGUGAGAGAUCCUCAGCCCAGGCCAGGUAGAAGCAGAGGUCGAGGAACACCUUCUAGGAGAUGA